GUCAUGGCUUUAAAGGUUGCAUGUUGCCCUCGUUGCCUCCUCUCCUGCGCAGGACCCGUCUCAACAUGGGUGCUGCAACGGCCCUGAGUUUGCGAUGGACAGUCCCUCCCGCGGCAUUGAUUGCCCUGGGGAGCGGAGUCCUCUAUACUACGGGCGAGCGAACCUCGUCGCGACACUCUCUCCUACGGUCAGAGCAAAUUGCAUCCCUUUCCACUUCAACGGCGCGGAGUGCGGAACAGGGCCAUAACAAACCUCCACCCGGCUGGGGCAAAGGGAGCUUGGCCCCGGAGUCCGAAAAGCCAACUCAAGAUGGCGACCCGGGCUCCAUUUGGACGAAUAUCCUUCAUAAAUUCGACGGGGUGAAGCAGUCGGUUGGUUCGGCCGAUUGGAUUGAGUUGGAUAACAUCAAGAGCUACAUCGUCCCCGACUGGACUCGAUUACUCCCGUUGACGGUACAGAAGCUUCAACGGGAGCUCUCAAUGGCCCCGGGCUCUCUCGCAGAUGACAUCUGGAAAGAGGCCCACGACCCUUACCUCAACCCCGAAAUUCUUCAAGACGCAACUGUCCGGGUGAGUAGUGACCUCUGUGAACAAGAGUUGGCAUUCCGGAAGAAAAGACAAAAGCACGCGGUAAAAGCCCUGGCAACGUAUCUGGACCUUCCCGAGGACGACAUUCACCCCGACGAUGUGCCGAUCAUUGCGAUGUGUGGCUCAGGUGGCGGACUACGCGCGCUCGUCGCCGGCACUGGCUCAUAUCUCGCGGCUCAGGAGGCCGGUCUUUGGGACUGUGUAACGUACACGGCUGGGGUUAGCGGCAGUUGCUGGCUCCAGACCCUAUAUCACUCGUCAAUUACCGGACGCAACUUCAAUAAACUGGUGGACCAUUUGAAGAACCGACUGGGCGUGCAUAUUGCAUUCCCACCCAAGGCACUCGAUUUGCUUACGGCGGCCCCUACCAAUAAGCAUCUUCUGAGCGGCUUAGUCGAGAAACUGAAGGGUGAUCCCGGCGCGGAUUUCGGACUCGUGGACAUCUAUGGCUUGCUACUAGCUGCAAGACUGCUGGUACCCAAAGGAGAGCUCGGCGUCUCGGAUGGGGACUUGAAACUGUCGAGCCAAUGUCAGAAUCUGCUGAACGGAACCCAUCCACUUCCCAUAUACACCGCUGUCCGCCACGAGAUCCCCAUGCUAGACGAUGAAGAGCAGACCCAUCAUAAAUUGCAACCAACGAGGGAAAAUCUUUUGAAGGAGUCCAAGAGCGAGGCCUGGUUCCAGUGGUUCGAAUUUACGCCCUAUGAAUUCUUCUGCGAGGAGCUCGGUGCUGGAAUCCCGACAUGGGCUCUGGGACGACAUUUCAAUGGCGGCAAGAACGAAAUCCCCGAAGGCCAUCUCCCAAUCCCGGAGUUGCGUGUCCCUGGUCUCAUGGGCGUAUGGGGUAGUGCUUUCUGCGCAACCCUAUCCCAUUAUUACAAAGAGAUCCGUCCAGUCGUCCGAGGCAUCACUGGCUUUGGUGGCAUCGAUUCUCUGAUCCAAGGAAAGUCUAAGGAUCUCGUCCGAGUACAUCCAAUCGACCCGGCCACCAUCCCGAAUUUUGUAAUGGGCAUGAAAGACCAACUACCCCCCAGCUGUCCCGAAUCCAUCUUCCAUAGCCAGCAUCUACGGCUCAUGGACGCGGGAAUGAGCAAUAACCUGCCUAUCUACCCAUUACUCCGCCCGGGACGAGACGUGGACAUCGUGGUUGCUUUCGACGCCUCGGCCGACAUCAAACAAGAGAACUGGCUCUCCGUCGUGGACGGAUACGCGCGUCAACGAGGAAUCAAGGGCUGGCCACUCGGCGCCGGCUGGCCCCGAGCAGACCCAAGUCUAAAAGAAGCGAAGGAAUCACUCCGCGAAGCCCAGAACAUGACCCAAGCAGGCGUGGACAAGAAGAUGGAAGAGGCCCAAAACAACGGGCACCACACCAGUCCAACUAGCAACAAUAACAACCGCAACCACCACGGCACCCACGACACCGACCUGGGCUACUGCAACGUCUGGGUCGGCUCGAUGCAAGAAAAAGUCUCUGACGAGGAGCCCCCUCCCUCCAAACGUCUCUUCCACCCCCAACACGCCGACCACUCCGAAUCCGACUUCCACCUGAUGCGUCCCGACGCUGGCAUCGCCGUCGUCUACUUCCCCUUCCUCCCCAAUCCCUCCGCCCCAGAGACCCUCCCCAGUCCUGCGCCCGGCCUCCCCGGUCGUCCAUCCACUUCUCCCAAGGUCGCGGACCCGUCUAAACCCUUGUCUCCGCGCCCGAACUCCAUCGACCCCGACGUCGAUGAUUUCCUAUCAACGUGGAACUUCGUGUACACGCCGGAGCAGAUCGACUCGGUCGUGGGUCUCGCGAGGGCCAAUUUCUCGCAGGGUGAGGAGCAGGUGAAGCGUGUGGUCCGGGCUGUCUAUGAGCGUAAGAAGUCGGACCGGCUGCAGCGAGAAGAGCAGGAACAUCGUCGGCGGAUGGAGGGGUUUGUUCCGCUGUAAUCAUGCACACAUAUGAAGCCUUUCUGAUAUAUUUUUCUUUUGUUUUGUUUGAGACUGGUUAUCCAAAGACUACCUUACUUUGUUUUGCCUUUUUGUACAAUACUGCCAUGUCUUUUUCGUUAGGCGUCCUGGACAUUUCAUACCCAUAAAUUUAUUCAUCUAUUUGUUUUUACA